AUGUGUUGGAUUCAAGAGGGCGUGGAUUUGGACGCAUUUGCAUACCAUGUGCUGUUGAAUUCACUAGUCGAUGUGGGCUAUUUUGACGUUGUGGAAAUGGUGGUGAAGCAUAUUAGAGUCCGGGCAAUUCAGAAUGAGGUAACACAUUCGAUGAUGAUGAAGAGUUUCUGUAAGCAGAAUGAGUUGGAGAGGGCUGAAAACAAGGAUAAUCAGUUUGAGAAGGCUGCAUUAUUGAUUGAGGAGUUCCAUAAAAUGAAUUUGGUUUCGAUGGAGUAUGCAUACAGCGUGUGGAUUAGGGACCUUGUUAAGGCUGGGAAAUUGGAUGGGGCAUUGGAGUUUUUGAAGGAUAAACAAUUAGUCGAGGGUUAUGUUCCUGAUGUUUUUCGUUAUAACUCAUUGAUUUGUAGGCUUUUGAUUGAGAAUAGGCUUAUUGAGGUGUGCGAUUUAUUGAUGGAGAUGAAGGGAAGUGGAAUAUUACCUAAUGAUGUCAUAAUGAAUGCAACAUUGUGCUUCUUAUGCAAGGCUGGAAUGAUGGAUGUUGCCAUGGAUUUAUAUGAUUCGAGGGCAGCGUUUGGCCGUUCUGUGAGUUGCAUGGCUUAUAAUUAUCUUAUAAAUACUCUAGUGGGGGAUGAUACUGUUGAUGAAGCAUAUCGUGUGUUGAGAAAUUCAAUAGAACAUGGUUAUUUCCCUGGAAAAAAGACCUUCUCCAUUAUUUCUAAUGCUCUUUGCAGAGAAGGAAAGCUCGAUAAGAUGAAAGAGUUGGUUCUUGUUGCAUUAGACCUGAAUAUCAUGCCCAAUGACUUGACUUAUUAUAAGUUCAUAUCAGCUCUCUGUAGGGCCAAGAUAGUUGAAGAUGUUUACUUGGUUCAUGGCCAGCUUAACCGAUUGAAUAAAGUUGCUUCUAGGAGUACAUAUGUUCACCUGAUCAAUAGUUUUAACAAGUUGAGUAUAGGAGAUAUUGCUGCUAGAUCACCCAUAGAAAUGCAAGAAAAAGGUUAUCACCCUAAAAGGAAAUUGUAUAGAGACGUGAUUUGCCGUUUAUGUCAAACGGAUGAUAUAGAGAAGCAAGUUUUUAGAUUGCUAAAGAUGCAGCUGGCUCGGCUGCAGCCUAGUUCACCUAUUUACAAUUUCUUCAUUGAUGGUGCUGGGCACGCCAGAAAACCUGAGCUGGCUAGGCAAGUAUAUGAAGUGGUCUCUUACCAGACUUGA